CACUCCUCGUCCCCCGCUCACCUGGACAGUGUGGCACAAAUGUCUCCCAAUUUUCGAGCGGUCUCGCUUGUAGUGGCGACUAUAGCUUUCUCUGUUGAUCUGGCCCGUACUGCUCCUCAGGCUGGUGUUGAUUCUACGAGUGUAUCAGCGACGGCGACGGUGACGAGUGUAUCGACCGUGUCGGUCUCGACGGUGGUAGCGAGCCCGACCGCGUCGUUGAGCGCCACAUUACCUUCCCAGGUUCCGCUCCCGCCACACCAAGCUUGGUGCCCGAGCGAGAUCUUUUGUGCAGGCGAGAUCCUUCAAACUGUCAACCUCGCACAACUCUACACCGACCCCAAAACAUUCGUCGAUAAACCGACACUCAACUCUACCCAAUCCGUCCUGACCGCCUUCGCCUCCAUCAACGCCACAGACUCGAACGGGACGACCACCGAAGGCUCUGUCCUCAACUUCGUCGAUACCAACUUCGGCGGUGAGGGUCUCGAGCUCGAGGCGCUCGUUCUCGGCUCUUCGUCAUCCAAUUCCACUCCUGCGUUUUUGCAGAAUGUGACGGACCCGGUGCUGAAUGCAUGGGCGGGCGUGGUGAAUGGGUAUUGGUCGGAUUUGAUCAGGUCGACGAAUGAGAGUGCGGUUUGUGAGGAGGGGACGAGCGAGAGGUGUGAGAGUUCGUUGAUUCCGUUGAAUCAUACGUUUGUGAUUCCGGGGGGACGGUUCAGGGAGCAAUAUUAUUGGGAUAGUUUCUGGAUCGUUGAGGGUCUGCUGAAGUCGGAGUUGUACGACAUUGUGAACUCGACACUUCAGAACUUCAUGGACGAAAUCGAGACGCUUGGUUUCAUACCCAACGGAGGUCGUAUCUAUUAUCUCAACCGGUCUCAACCACCUCUUUUCAUCCACAUGCUCUACAACUACGUGACCACAACGAACGACACCUCCAUCCUCACCCGCGCUCUUCCUCUCGCCGAGAACGAACUCUCCUGGUGGCGAAACAACCGCACGAUCGAAGUACGGAGCUCAUACACGAACCAGACGUACGACAUGGCUCGGUAUGCGGUCACGAACUCUGCGCCGAGGCCGGAGUCGUAUCUUACUGAUUACGAGACGGCGAACGACCCGACGCUGCCUGCGCUGAACGAGACGGAACGAGCGGAAUUGUAUUCUGAGCUAGCCAGCGGUGCGGAGACUGGAUGGGACUACUCGACUCGCUUCGUGUCGCAGCCGCUCGCGGGCGGGAGUAAUAACACGAUCCCGGCGCUGAGGAGCUUGAAUGUGAAGAAUACGAUCCCGGUGGAUUUGAAUAGUUUGCUAUACAACGCCAACGCCCUCCUCGCCUCGCUCUACACCAUCUCCGACCCUUCAAGUUCAAACGAAACGGCGACGACGCUCGCGACGCAGCAUCUCGAGAUCGCGGAAACGAUCAAAGCGGGCAUUUUGGACUUAUUCUGGGAUGCGGAGAAGUUGGCCUUUUAUGACUAUAAUCUGACGAGCGACGCGCGGAACGAUAUUUUCUCGAUGGCGACGUUCUAUCCGUUUUGGGUGGGUAUCGUGCCUGAUGAGAUCUUGACGAACGAGACUAAUGCGUUUGGCGCGUUUGCGAGCGUCAAUAUGGUGAUGCAGAGGUAUAACGGAACGCUACCUGUCACGUUCAUAGAGAGUGGGCUGCAGUGGGACGACAACGCCUGGCCACCCCACCAGUACAUCGCAAUCCAAGCCCUCCUCUCCCUCCCCUCAAAUCUCACAACAUCUCCCCUCCCCACACCGCCAACCAACGCAUCCUCCUACGCUCUCAUCCCGUCCGGCCAGCUCAGUAUUGCAGAGGACGAAUUGCCGGGCCAGCCGAUCGCGCCACUUAGCUCGGGGGUGAACGCGACGAAGGUGGGGCCGGGGGCGGAUAUUAAUCUGCUUGGUGGAGGGAAUGGAAGUACGGUGUUGAAUGGUGGGAGUGCUGCGGGAGGAGAGGGGUGGAGAGAUAUGUUGGUGAGGGAGGUGGCGAAUCGGUAUGUUGGGAGUGCGUUUUGUAGUUGGUACUCGACCGGUGGUUCCCUCCCAGGCUUACUCCCUCGUCUCUCCGACGCGGCGUUGAAUAUCAGUGGGAGCAUCAAUAACACUGGAAACAUGUUCGAGAAGUUCUCGAGGUCAGAUAUCGAUAUCGGAGGGACGGGAGGGGAGUAUACCGUCCAGGCCGGCUUUGGCUGGACGAACGGUGUCGUCCUCUGGGCAGCCUCGAAUUUCGGCCACGUACUCACCGCUCCGACAUGUCCGGAUCCUCUUGUCGAACUGACUGGUGUUUCGUCAAAUUCGUCGAGCACUACUACUUCUACUGGGUCGGCGACGGCGACGGCUACGGUCACGGGGAGUUUGUCUGGGUUUGUGAGCGCAAGUCCGGUGUGAGACAUGAGGAGGGCGGGUCGGAAGAAGAAAAGCAUGGACCUGGCAGCUGCAGAGGCAGAUCUCUGCCUCUGAACCUGAUGAUGAAAAGUUGUCCGGGCAUCUUCUCUGGUGACUAUGUAAUUUUAUGAAUUAACUGCGGUUUCUACUCUUUUCGUGUAGCGGAGGAGAUGCGUGGC